AUGGGACCGCGGCCGAGCAGUGACGGCGAGGCGACCCGAGUCCCCGCGCGCAGCUGGCAGGAUCUCCCCACGUACCGCAGCGACCGUGGCCCCUGGGGUCCGAGCAAGCCGUUGACCGACGAUGGUAAUUGGGCGGACGGUCUGGGUCUUUCCGACGGGGAGCUGAGCAACUGGAAGGCCGCACCGUGGGAACGACACAAUCCUCCUCUAUCCAAGCCGGCGCCGACCAGCACACCGCGACGCAGCCGGCCAGCCAAGAAGCACACGGCCGUCCUUGAUCUCGACGACGACGAGGUUCCCGAGAAGUCUGCGAAGAGGCGGAAAGAUCAACCAGCCGCUAAGAGACGUCGACCCGGAAUCACCUUCGACAUUCUCUGCCGCCUGCGGCCGAGGUCACCCGCGCCCCUGUGCCUGGCGGUCCUCGUUUCCCUCUGUGCGUAUCUACACACGAUCAUUCGACUCGGGUGUGAGAUCGACGGCAGUACCUUUAACCGCUUCAUCCUCGACCAUUCCACCUUCCAAGCGGCGCACCUAGACGGCUCCAACGACGGACCUGCGGUGUCGUACCACACGUGGUUCCUUGCUCGGGACCUGCCUCCCGAAGAUGUCCCCUCCGUCGUCAGCGUCGCCGUGCUCGAGGAGAUGUCCGCGGAGAACCCUUACACUUUUCGUCUUAUCGAAAGACUUUUGAUGAAAGCCAUCCGUCAGUUGGAAGGGCUCGCUGUUCGUCGAGGUGCCCGCGCCAGACGGUCCCCGCGCGUGCGAUCUCGGAGAGGCGCCGAUCACGCGAAGACGCACGCGAACACGGGACUCCGGAGAGCGUCGCGAGAUCGCGGCACCCCGUCGUCGGGCGCGAAAUCCGACGCCCUCAGCUCGGUCGACUACGUGCUCACGGCGGCGGACAGGGGCAGUCGCGUCUCGAACGUCGCGUAG